AAAAUUUCGCACGGAUUCGACCGCGCUGGGUACCGCGGGCGAAAGCACCAAAUUUAUUCGUGUUAACAUACUUCGUCUCCUCAUGAAGAACUCUGUGGCAAUUGGCAAGGUCCUCUGAAACGCAGAGGCGCGAAAAAGAGAGAAUCAAACAAACAUUUCUCCGUUGCUUGCUAGGGUUCAGCUCCGAAGCUCUCACUUGGACUUCUCCUAUGGCCACCUCCACUUCCGUCGACUCCUCUCUCUGGUGGGAUCCUUUCUCUCUACUUCUCACUGAGCUCGAAAAUGUCUCCCUCUCUUCUGCACAACUUCCUCCGGAACUGAUGAAAAAGUUGGAUGACAACCGUGCUUGGUUCUUGGACUCUGUUUCACUCUUCAAGAAACCGAACGAGAAAUCGAGGGUGGCUUUAGAUUCUCCGCAAGUGAAAGUAGGAUCCCACACUUUAUCUAUACAACCUGAACUGAAAGUUAAAGCUCUGAAGUUUAGCUCCUAUCUGGUGUGUGCCCGCACGAUUUAUAUGCAUUUGGAUGAGGUGCAAUCAUACAUUCUGGCCGAAAGAACCACCGAACACGAGAAUGUGGUUAGCAGUUCCCCCUUUCAAGAACUUCUUCACGUGGUUCUACUUGAAUAUUAUAUUGAACGGCAGUGCUUGCUGAAAUGUACAAGGCGCAUACUCUUGCAUGCUUUAUAUGUUGGAAAUGGAUCCAAGAAAGGUUAUAUUUGUGACAAGGCACUAAGAUUGGUUAACGAUGGAUUGGAAAGCAAACUUAUAUCGGUCCUGCAAAGUCUUAUGUCCUCCGCUCACCCUGAUCAGAUGGAUGUUGACCUUUUCACAUUAUGGGCUGAAGAGACCUUGACAGAAGAUAAUCUUAUUUUGGACAUUCUUUUUAUUACAUAUUAUGAGUCAUUUGUUAGAUGUAAUGGUGAGCGAUGGAGAGAAUUGUGUCUGCUUUAUAAGGGAAUCAUAUCUGGAUCUUAUAACAUUGAAAUGCUUGCAAUAUCAACUGCGGCAAUACAUUCUUCUUGUCAAGUUAAAGUUAGACUAUUACUUAUCCUUAUGGAAACAUUGGACAUAGAAAGUCUUCUCCAGAUGGUUCACGAUCAAACAACUUUCAGGCAGGGUGCUUCGGUUUUUUCCUCAUCUGAUUUUCAAGAGAUGGAUACAAUAGUCUCUAGUUUAAAUGGUUUUGAAAUAAAGGAAGCUGGUCCUCUGUUACUAACAUGGGCAGUCUUUUUGUGUCUAAUAUCGUCACUUCCUGGAAAAGAGGAACACAAUGUUCUACCGGAGAUUGAUCAUGUUGGCUAUGUUCGUCAAGCUUUUGAUUCAGCAGCAUUCAAUUAUUUUCUGGAUAUACUUCACAGUGAUCUAUUGAAGGAAUCGGAAGGACUAAUUGUUGGCUAUCGAAGUGUCUUGAGAACCUUUGUUUCUGCAUUUAUUGCAUCUUAUGAAAUUAAUCUUCAGGUGGAGGACACCACCUUCCGUUCAAUUCUGGAUAUUCUUUGCAAUAUAUACCGUGGGGAGGAGUCACUGUGCACUCAGUUCUGGGACAAAGAGAGUUUCAUUGAUGGUCCUAUUCGGUGUCUUCUUUGUGACCUAGAAGGUGAAUUCCCUUUCAGAGUUGUGGAAUUUGUUCGUUUUUUGUCAUCUCUCUGUGAAGGAGCUUGGCCAUCAGAAUGCGUGUUUAACUUUCUAGAUAAGUCUGUGGGCAUAUCAUCCUUGUUUGAGAUUAAUAACAGUGCCUUGGUGGAUCACAUCCCUGAGAUUGUUGAAACCCAACAACCAUUACUUGUUCCUGGAAUGGAGGGACUGUUGAUUCCCUAUAAGACACGUGGACAUGUUUUGAAAGUGGUUGGAGGAAAUACUGUUCUUGUACGUUGGGAGUACAAACUAUCAGGGAUGCUCACAUUGCUCAUGCGUCUGGCCCAAGGAAUUUAUUUGAAUAACAAUGAACAAGUUGUUAUUCUUGACUUGUUGAGUCGGAUGGUUUCCUUUAACAUGGCUGUCUGUUUCGCUUUGAUGGGUGCUACACACUUUUCCAAUCCUCAAGUAGCUGACGUAUCUCAUCCAGCGGAAAAGAAUAUGUGGGUGGUUGAGGUUAUUUGCAUUCUGGUCAGAAACUUAUCUCCUAAUUCAAGUAAUGCUGCAGCAAUGUCCAUGGGUCUAAAUAUUUUGUCUAAGAUAAUGAAAUGUUUCCCUGCUACAGUCACUCCUGUGGCGCUGAAGGCAAAUAUUUUCAGUGUUGCUGGACGUGAUGGACUGAGUGAAUCAUGGCUUCAAUUUGGAAAGCUCGCAAAGAUGUUGCUUAUUGAUUUUGAGCACAAUGAUUCUGGCUCCCCAUUGUCUAUAUCAUUAUUGGACUUUACCAUGCAGCUCGUGGAGACUGGAUUAGAAAAUGAUGCUAUCCUAGCUCUUAUUGCUUUCUGCCUUCAGUAUAUUUUAGUUAAUCAUGAGUACUGGAAGUACAAAGUCAAGCAUACUCGUUGGAUUGUAACUUUAAAGGUGCUUGAGGUGAUGAGGAGAUGCAUUCUUUUAAGCUCAGAUACUGGAAAACUGGGCCCAGUUGUCCAUAAUAUGCUGCUUUCUGAUGCUUCCAUCCAUUCCACUCUUUUUCGAGUUGUUUGUACAACUAGACAUGCUCUAGAGAAACUAUAUGUUAGCCGUCUUUACGAACCAAGGGAGAUUGAAGGACUAGAGAAUGCCAUCUGUUCUGUCCUGGAUAUUCUUUUCAUCAUGCUCUCUGCAUUUUCAAAGGAUUCUUCAGCUGCAUCUGCUGUCUUUCAUCAAGCAUUGACGUCACUAAAAACUAAACCCAUUCCUAUAGCAGCAGCUGUCAUUUCCCUGUUAUCUUACUUUCGGAAUGUGAGAGUACAAAUUGGUGCUGCAAGGGUACUAUCUAUGUUAUUGUUAAUCACAGAAGAUUUGCAACCACAUUUGUCUAGUGCAUGCUUUAAUCUUGAUGAUGAGCAAAUAGCAGAUUUGAGGCAGUCAAUUGAGUGCAUAUUUCUUAAGAAAUCUGUGUGGGACGAAGAUCUCUUUGUUGCUGUAGUUAACAUGUUGACUUCAGCGGCACUUUAUCAGCCUUCUUUUCUCGUUGCUCUAUUAGCUAGCAAGGAGAAUUUGAAUGUCCAACCAAAUUUCAGUGGUGGUGUAAAUCAUCAAACUAAAGAAUCUUUGCUGGGCUCAUCAGGAAUGGAGAAAUCAAGUUUGAUUGACGCGCUUUUACAAUAUCUAAAGGAAGCUAAUAAUCAUGCCAAAAGCAAUCUUAGGAUACAGCUAAAUGUUCUCAACUUUAUGAAGGCUCUGUGGCAAACAGCUGGUCCAUUCAUAAUGAUUUUGGAUAGGAUAAAAAUGUCCGAGAAGUUUUUGGAACAAUUGACCGACGGUGUUUCUCACUUUGUUUCUGAAGAAGCUUGUGCCGCCAAAAAUAUUACUGAGAUGAAGGCUCUAAACUCUGCUUACAAAUUUCUCUCUCUCUCAUCAAUGGUGGAAAUAAUGUCGUAUGAUAUAUUUCUGCAAAAGAAGUUGUUACACGCCGAGUCAAUUGUAAAACAACAGUCUGGAUCAAAGGACAAAGCCACAGUUUCAGUGGGCAAUGAGAAUUCAAAAUCCUCAGCGAGUCUCUCUGAUGUUAAGAAUAUGUUAUCAUCUGCAUGUAAUGGUGCUCUUUUAGGCAAGCUGACCAAGCUGCUUGCUUCUUGUGAAUAUGAUAAUGAAACAUAUUACCGUGCGAAGGUUGCUUCCAGUUUAUUCACUGUGCAUGUGAUGUCAAAAUUAGCAACUGGUGACGGGGGAAGCUUGUCAGUCUCAUUGGUUGGGAAGAUCCAUGACAUGUUGAAAAAGCUUAUCAGUUUGCCUGCUUUUGCAGAAUUAUCUACACAAUAUUUACAGCGUGGUUACAGUGGAGGUGAUGAAAUGAACAGUUUGAUAUUGAGCGAUCUUUAUUAUCAUCUUCAGGGAGAGCUUGAAGGCCGUAAAAUUGGCUCUGGAGCUUUCAGAGAACUUUCCCUGUACCUUAUUGAGUCAGAAAUGUUCCAAUCUUACCAACAUAACUAUGAAGAUGACAUUUUUGUGACCACUAAAGAUGCAUGCUUGUUUAACCUCGUGCAUAUACAGGCAGAUUUGGGAUUGGAUCUAUGGGAUUAUUCAGAAUGGAAAGAAUCUAAGACAAUUGCAGCAAGAAUGCUUAGUUGCAUGCAGGAUGUAAACUCAAUGAUGAUGGUCACUAGAUCAAAGCUUACUGCUUUGAAAGCAUUGACAACCAUCUUAACUGUAAUUGCCGAUGAUACAUUGGAGAAAGAGGCAUCAAUUAAAAAAAAGAACACUGAUCAUCUUGUUAGGUAUUGCAUUGCAGACGUAUGUCGUUAUCUCCAGGUGACCAUUGAAUCAUUAGCAUUUGCUUUGGGUGCCUCCGAUUGUGUCCUGGGUUUUCUUGCUGCCCAAUCAGAAUUGCUAACUCUCCUCAUCAGAUCUGCAGAUAAAACUGUGCCUCUAUCUGUUUGUGCUCUUAUUUUAAAAACCUCAGGCUCUGGUCUUAAACAGUUAAGUUCCAUCCAACCAGUUGCUGGAGCUCAUAAGACAAUUAAGCUCUUACUGAAGUUGCUUCUUUCUUCUGUGGAAUAUCAUGAUCUUAAUUCAUGUUCAGAUGGGGAAAGUAACCCUGAAUAUGUCAAAGAUUUUGCUGAAUGUUCUAAUGUUAUGUUGGGGCUUCUACCUAUAUUAUGUAGCUUCAUCACAAAUGCUGAGCACUGCACCCUGGCUUUGACUACUCUGGACUUAAUACUAAGAAAAUUUUUGUCCUCUGAGACAUGGCUUUCUGUCCUACAGAAGCAUCUCCAGCUGCAACAUCUUUUUCUGAAGCUUCAAGAUGAAAAUAAUAUUUCUUCUAUUCCUAUAUUAAUGAAGUUUUUCUUGACCCUUGCUCGUGUUAGGGGAGGUGCUAUUAUGCUCAUAACAUCUGGUCUCUUGUCAUAUCUUCAGCUAUUGUUUACACAAUGUACGGAUGAUAAAACCUGCUUGCAAUUCAACUAUAAUAGAAAUAACUUAACCUCAGAUGAUAGAGCUCAAAAUUACCACCAACUGAUUUGGAAACUUGGAUUAGCUGUUAUCACUGGUAUAGUGCAAUCUUUAGGAGAUGGCUCUUAUCUAGAUGUGUUUGAUAAUGUGAUAACCUACUUUUUUUCGGAGAAAGUUUUUAUGAUCUCCUACCAUCUCAAUGCACCAGACUUCUCUCCUGAUGAGCAUGACAAGAAAAGGUCACGGACUCAAAGGACUAGAACUUCUCUCAGUGCUCUGAGAGAUACAGAGCAAACUCUCAUGCUGAUGUGCGUGCUAGCGAGACAUAGGAAUGCUUGGGCAAAGGCAACAAAAGAAAUUGAUUCACAACUACGUGAGAAAUGCAUUCAUAUGUUAGCCUUUGUUAGUCGAGUAACUCAUCGCCAUGGAGAAUCUCCUGCCAAGGUUGCUCCUUUCAUAUGUCCUCCAAACCUCAAAGAGGAGUUUGAUUACUGCACGAAACCGUCAUUUAUCCGCAGCAAAAGUGGAUGGUUUGCUCUUUCACCUCUUGCUUGUGAAUCAAAACCUGAGUUCACUGCUCCCUCAACCACGUCUCUGAUAGUCAGUGGUCGAACCACCGAAAUUACAGAUUCAGUUUGUCCAACAUACUUCUCUGAUACUCUGGCCUUGCGUAUCUAUACAAUUACAUUUCUUCUUUUGAAGUUUUUAUGUUUGCAAGCUGAGGGUGCUGCUCAAAAGGCCGAGGAUGUGGGUUAUGUUGACCUUGCACAUUUUCCAGAACUUCCAAUGCCUGAAAUUUUACAUGGAUUGCAGGAUCAAGCAAUGGCGAUCAUUUGCGACCUCUGUGAUCUCAACAAAUCGAAGCAUAUUGAUACUGAAGUCCAAAAUUUCUGCUGUUUGAUGUUGCGAAUCAUGGAGAUGACGCUGUACUUGGAACUCUGUGUUGUGCAGAUUUGUGGCAUAAGACCAGUAUUAGGCCGAGUGGAGGACUUCUCAAAGGAAGUCAAAUUAUUAUUGAAAGGUGUGGAGGGGCAUGCAUUCUUGAAACAAUCAGUUAAAUCCUUGAAACAGAUAUUGUCGUUUGUCUACCCUGGAUUGUUGCAGAGUGAGAAUUUCUGAGGACUGUGCCUUGAAGGUGAACCUUUUUGCCAUCUGUAGAAUCUAAAACAUGUAGAGAUCUCAAGUUUCCGUCAAAAGAUCCAUCAUUCUCUGAUAUUUCCUUUUCUUUCAGAAGAAAUUUGAGAAAUAGUUAUAGCUUUGUAUAGAUGUGCGGCUUUUCCCACAUAGCCAUCCGUUAUUUAGCAAAGAUAACAGUUCAAGUAAAUAUUAUGAAAAUGUAAGUUGCGAGCUUAUAUGGGAUUAAUAGGCAUUUGAAAAGAUGGUUUAUAGAUCAAAGAGACAGCUUUUAGAGAA